AGGAUGGAGGACAGGGUGUGGACUGUGUGCCUUCUUGUCACUCUGACACUGGGAUGGACCGAGGCUCAGAGUCAGACCAACUACACAAGGCCCAUCUUCCACUGUGGAGGCCACCUGGUCACAGACUCGGAUAUCGUGGCCAGUGAAGGAUUCCCCAGUCACUACAAACCCAACAGUAAAUGCAUCUGGUACAUCACUGUCCCAGAGGGUCAUGUGGUCAUGCUGUCUUUCCGUCUCUUCGACAUGGAGGCGGACCCCACCUGCCGGUACGACUACCUGGAUGUCUACAACGGUCACUCCCGCUUGGUGCAGAAGCUGGGUCGUUUCUGCGGGACGUUCCGGCCCGGCGCCCUCAUCUCCACCUCCAACACCAUGAUGCUGGAGAUGGUGUCAGACGACGCCACUGGAGGAAGAGGCUUUCUGGCUUCCUUCAGCGCAGGGAAGCCACAUAUGGAAGGUAACCAGUUCUGUGGAGGACGGCUGACCAAAGAGCAGGGCUCUGUCAAGACGCCCAACUGGCCCAACUCUAAUUACCCAGCAGGCAUCAGCUGCUCCUGGCACAUCUCUGUAGAACCAAGCAAUGUGAUCGAGGUGAAGUUUGUGAAGCUGGAUUUGGAGCCUGACACAUAUUGCCGCUACGACUAUGUGGCGCUGUUUAAUGGGGGAGAGAGGGAUAACUCGCGGCGGAUUGGGAAAUUCUGCGGAGACAGGGCACCAGGAACAAUAGUGACAAAUGGGAACGAGCUUCUUGUCCAGUUUGUCUCCGACCUCAGCGUGACCUCAGAUGGCUUCAUGGCCUACUACUCCAGCGUGCCUGGUGGGUCUCGGACGCCGACUACCGGCGGAGACUUCAUCCAUGGACCUCAAACCACCUCAAUGCCACAAAAAACGGGCAUGAAGCCAAGCAAACCCACCAAACCGCCCCUUAAACCUAGACCGAUUCCUAAACCGAGACCAACCCCCAAACCUAGACCUGGCCUCCAACCUAAACCCACCCCAAAACCAGCAAAAAAACCACUGGUGAAGAUACCCCUGAAACCUCCACCACCACGCAAACCCAUCGUCAAGCCCACAAUGAAACCCAAACCAGCCAGACCCACACCUAAAGCACCUGUGAAAAAGCCUGCGCCUAAACCUGGAGCUAAACCUACACCCAAACCUAAGAUUAUUAAACCAACACUCAAACCAAGCAUCAAGGCUAAACCCACACGUAAGCCUUUCCUGAAGACCAAGCCCACCUUAAAACCUGGUGUCAAGCCAGUAAAGCCAAACCCCAAGAGUGCAGUUAAACCAACAGUCAAACCAAAGAUUAAGCCUAAAGCGACUUUAAAACCUGUAGUAAGCAAGACAGUGACGAAGAAGCCUGUGAGCAAGAAACCUUUACCACUGAACCCACUGUGUACACAAGCCUGUAAGAGGACAGGAACUCUCCAAUCAAGCUUCUGCCCUCAUGAAUUCGUGAUUACGGGUAAGAUUACAUCUUUGGCCCCUGGUCCGAGUGGCUCAGCGACAGUUGAAGUGUCCCUAAUCAAGGCCUAUAAGCCAGGACGCCUGAACAUCACCAAAUCAGGGCCCAUCAUGUCGGUCAUACUGACCUCCACAUGCAAGAAGUGUCCUGGGCUAACCAAAGGUCAGAACUAUGUAUUGAUGGGAAAAGUCGACGCACAGGGCAACGGCCUUAUCAGCCCCUCCAGCUUCACUCUCCUCUAUAAGCCCAUCCAUGCCAAAGCGCUGGCCAACCUCUCACGUAAAUCGUGCUGACAUCAUAGCCCAGCCUACCAAUC